UGACAAUCCAAAAUGCAAUCAUGGCGCACGGGGCACUGUGUUUUUAGAAUGCUGAGAAGUUUUUACGUAAACACUUCAUUAUUUUGCAUUGUAACUUAAUUUUCUGUUUGUAUAUAUUAUCUGUGACUUUCAAAGACUGUAGUGAAGCAUACAUGUGCGUUCCAAGCUUGAGGUUUCCACCUGUUCGCAGUCACGUCUCUGCACCACUAGACACUUAUAAGUUUGUUGGUGUCAUAAUGUCAGAGGCGUUCGCCCGAGAUAUACUACGGAGGAAUGUUGCGCAAAUAUGCCAAACUAUAGGAUGGAACGGUAUAAACUCAACGCCACUGGACAUUUUGGUGCAUGUGCUGGAAAAGUAUAUUAGGUCACUUGGCACUCAGGCUAGCAGAUACGCCGAACAAUUUAAUAGGACUGAACCAAAUUUACAUGACUUAGGAUUAGUAUUUCGUGACCUACACGUGCAGUUGCCCGAGCUAGUAGAGUACACAAGGUGUGUGCCGCCCGUUCCGGCCCCGGUGGGUGUGGAAAAGUUCCCAAAACCCAAGGACUCAAACUUGAACUUUCUCAAACCCGGCAGCCAUGAAGUCGUCACAAGGCCAAUGCAUGUGCAUGAGCAUCUCCCUCCCAUGUAUCCUGAGAAGGAACGGGACACACCGGCGGUGGCUGGCACUGUGGAGAUCCGACAAAACGGCCUCGACAACGGUGACAGUAACGCCACAUGCACAAGCCCAGAGAUAUCUGUCACAGACAGUCCAGAGAAACCUAAAGACAUAUUCAAGAGACCAAUCGAUCCCGUUUCACUGCCAAACAGCAAAAGGCCGAGGUUACGUCUGGAUGAGGAGGAGCGGACCAGAGAAAUCAGUAGUGUAAUGAUGACCAUGUCGGGCUUCCUGUCCCCCGCCAGAGAGGGGAAGCUGCCGGAAGCCCGACCCCCAACAGUCGUAUCAGAAAAACAUUACGACAAACACAAAGCGAACUCACAUCAUUCUAAUCCUAUGAAAGUACCAAUGUUAGACAAAAGUGAUAAGAAAUCUAAGAAAAAUAAAUUAUUGAAUGGUAAAAUUAUGAAGAGUAAAAGAAAAGAUAAGAGUCAUAAAGGUGAGAGUAGUAAAUCUAAGGAUAGUAGUAAAUUGAGUAAGUAUCCCCCGGGAUAUCCCGUGCCGCAUAAGAGUAAGGACAUGCACGCGCAGCCUACACACAACCACGUGAGCGCGGCGCCGCGCGCGCCCGCGCCGCCGCCUCGGCCGCCGCCGCCGCACGUGCCGGUCCCGGAACCCAAGCCCGUCAUCAAGCAGGAGCCUCCCGACCUGCCGCCGCAGCCAUCCGUCGCCCCCAAGCAACCCGUCCCCACGGAGGACUCCAUUCCGGUCCCGAGGAAAAUUCCAAUCCACAAAUCACCGCUGGUUGCGAAUUCCAUACCUGUACAUAAACAGUCUUCCACGAACUCCCUCAUACCGGAUGUAGAAAUUAAGAAAGAGGUCAUCGAUGAGGACGAGAAACUGGCUUCUCAACCGGACAGAUCAAAAGUUAAUAUAUUUAAAAGAAUAUCGAACAAAUCAAAAGAAGACAAAAACGCUCCAGAGGUUGUUUCUGAUAAGUUGCAGUCUGAUAGUUUGAUCUCAAGGUUGCAGAACUCGACUCAUGUGAAUUCAGUCGAAAGGCACGCCCACGAAAACGUCAGAGUGAAACAUGAAGAACCCGUUGUUAAUAAUAAUGAUAAUAGUGCACUAGAUUAUUCUAAAGUGAUGGAUUUAAGAACUAAUGAAGUUAUAAGUAUCGACGAUGAUUCCAUGGACACGCAUACAACACAACAAUCCAGGCCCGCUCCCCACGCCGAGCCGCGGCCGAGUAUAUCGGUUAAUAAGUCUUUGCAAGUACCAUAUCCCAAAGAUGUAGCUAGUGUUAGUCCAAAAAUAAAGAAGGAGAAAAAACAUAAAGAUAAAAAAGAUAAAGCCGCCAAAUUGGAGGCGAAACUGUUGAAGAAACAGCAACAGGCACUGGCGUUCGAAAUGGCGCAGGCGGAGAGGCAAUCGAUGAAACUGAGUACGAAAUCGCCGAAAAAUCGGAAGAACGACGCGAAGGUGCCGCAGAUGCCGCCGGGAUUCCCGUUCUUCCACGGCUUGACGCCCGGGAGAGGUCUCAUGCCCGGCCCCGGGUUAAUACCGAAUCCGGGACUCAUACCGGGCGGGGAAUUCCUCGCGGGUCUCGCCAAUAACCCUGCGUUAAGAGGCCUGCCGAACCCGAACCUGCUCACGAAUCCGUUCGCGCUCGGCGCGGCGGGCCCGGGGCUGAUACCGGGGCCGAGCUUCCUCCACGCGUCCGGGCUGUCCAACCCUCUGAUGAACAUGGGCAACUUCCCCCACACGUCGAGAUCGAUGAAAAUACCUCAGAUGCUCCGUCGGCCGAGCCUCGAGGUGAUCCCCGUCGACAACGACGACGACCGGGGGCUGCACAAGUCGCCCAUGUCGCACAAGGAGCGCCACGACAAGCACAAAUCUCCGACCAUUCCGAACAUUCUGCAGAAACACAAGUCCAAGUCGAGCAAAGACCACAAGGCGAUAUACAAAAUGCCUCCCGUCCAACCGGACAUCACGAUAGAGCUGAACCCGCCCAAGACGGAGCCGCCGCGGGAGCCGCCGCGCGAGCCGCCGCGCGAGCCGCCGCGGGAGCCGCCGCGGCCGUGCCUGCCCACGCCGCAGCCUGCGCCGCCGCCGCCCGAGCCCGAGCCGCCGCGCGACAUAAAGCCGAAACUCGAGCCGGUCGAGCUCGCGCCCGAGAGCGCCGACCCCGAGAGGAAGAAGGACAAGUCCCACAAAAAAGAUAAAAAGGACCGGGACGGCAUCAAAAUAAAAAAGAAAAAGGACAAGAAAGACAAGAGCAAAGACAAGAAGCUGAAGCAGGAGGUGAAGGAGAAGAUCAAAAAGGAGAAAAGAGAUAAAAGGAAGGAGCGCGCGGGCGACGGGCUCGUGCCCAAGCUCACGCUCAAGCUCGCCUCGUCCAACUCCAGCUCGCCGAUGCCGCCCAGCUCGCCCGACGUGUACAAGCUCAACAUCAAGCCCGUGGUCAAGCGCGAGGAGCCCGCCAGUCCGCCGCGCUCGCCGUCACGCUCGCACAGCCGCUCGCCCGAGCUGGCGCAGAUCUCGGCGCUCGUGACGCGCCCGCCCAAGCCCAAGCCCGCGCCCAACCACGAGCCCGAGGACGCGUCGCCGCCGCCCGCCGCCUCGCCGCCGCGCCGCAACCGCCCGCCGUCGGCGUCCAAGUACAAGCGCAUCCUGUUCAAGCCGCUGAAGGCGGACGACGAGGCGCCGGCGCCGGACGGGCCGCUGCCGACGCCGUACUACGUGGACGAGCAGGGCAACAAGGUGUGGGUGUGCCCGGCGUGCGGGCGGCCCGACAACGGCUCGCCGAUGAUCGGCUGCGACGGCUGCGACGGCUGGUACCACUGGGUGUGCGUGGGCAUCACGGAGGAGCCGGGCGCCACGGAGGACUGGUUCUGCGCGGGCUGCCUGGCCAAGCGCGCGGGCCCGGGCUCGCGGCGGCGCGGCCGCAAGCCGAAGGCCGAGCGCCAUUGA